CACGCAGCCUUCAGUUUACGAAGAAACGUUCUUCUAUCUUACUACUUGUGCAAAUCCUCAAGCAACUUUUGGUAACGCAAACCUAUUAUUCUACAACCAAAGCUUGUGGAAAUCCUCACGCAAACCUUUAGUAUACAAAACACCUUCUUCUACCGAUAGUACUUGUGCAAAACCUCACACAGCUUUUACUAUACGAGCAGCCGUUCUUCCGUCGCCACUGACUGUGUAAAUCUUCUACUACUGUUGACAAAAUGGGUCCCGCACAGAAGAGCUAUGACGUGAAGAUUUCUUCCCCCUUCUCGAAGUACGACCGGCGAGAGGACAGAUUCCUUCCUCUCACUCGAAAGGGCAGAUUCUUCGAAGACUCGUCCUUCUCGACGUCUCACCAGCACUUCGAUGACGCCAUCAGGAAGAUUCUGGAUAAGUGGAAUGACACGGACUUCGAGCUGUCAGACCACUGGGACGACGUCGGUGUCCGCCGCAAGAGUUUUCUUAACAGAUAUAGGCGACUGCGGUCUCAGGACUUGAGUGAGGAGAACCAGGCUGUUAAUGUCACUUCGGAUAACAAUAGUGUUAAGAUUGUGUUGGACGUCCACGAUUUCAUGGAAGGGGACAUUAAAGUGCAGGUUUUAGAUGAGGAAGAGCUGCUGAUAGAAGGCCAGACGUCUUGCCACAGUUUCCGACGCACCUUCACUCUGCCGGAGCAAGCGGAUCUGGAUGCCAUAACGUCUUUCAUUUCCCUGGAUGGCAUCAUGACAGUCACGGUUCCGAGACUGGGAAGCGACCAUCAACAAAGACCUGCCACUAUUCCUGUCACGGUUGAGAAAACAAAAGAAACUUCAGAAGUACAAAAACAGUCGUUCUCCGCAUCUUCAGCAAAUGCUGCCGAAGAAAAGGCCUCAGCCAAAAGUGAUUGUGUUAAAAAUUCUCAGAAUAUAACUUCAGAGCAGACCAGGACUCAAAGGCAGGAGGAAUUCGAAAUUCCAAUCACGAUGUCAGAAGAGUCAGAAGAAGCAAAUAUCAAGAAGGGCGUCCGAAGCAGUCAGAAUAUCCUGUCAGAGGAGAUGAAGACUCAAAAGCAAGAGGAAUUCCAGAUUCCAAUCGUGAAGUCUGAACAAGAAGCAGAUUCCAAGAAGACGCAGGCAGCAGAGUCUGGCAGCUGUCAGUAUUCGGAGACUAGGAAGACAAGAGCGACCGAGAAUAAAGAAGUCAUUAUUCCAAUAAUCGUAGAAGACGGAGAAACUACAAGCCAGACGCACAGACAAACCGUAGAAUCAAAAAGCAAUAACCAAGAAGCUUCCUCCACACUCGACGUAAAAACUGAGGACCAAAGUAAUUGCACAACUUCCGGCCGUCCGUCAGUAAGGUUUUCAUCGCCGAGCACUUCAGGCGCGGAGACUGCUUCCGCUUCGUCAUGUAACAAUAAAGAAGAGGCAUACGUCAUCCCCGUGCAGGUGGAAACGGCGAGCGAGACGGUGACAGCGCAAAGCCACAAGGGCGACGGAGGAAACGCAGCGAGUCGCAGCGCAGCCCUUGAGCAGCAGCAGCGCGACCUCCUGCGCCGCACAGCUCAAGAGGACAGCGACCAAGAAUCAGACGACAGCUAUCGGCGCAAGGCGGAGAAGAAACGGACGACAUUUGCCGAUGAGGAUGAGUACAUGUACGAGAAGCCCGUCUAUCCUACGGGCAGUAAGUACCUGCCAAUCACCAGGAAGGGUUUGUUUACACAGGACCACUACUUCGAGGACGUCCGGCCGAAUUUCAGCCAGGCGGUUCGAGACGUGCUGGAAAUGUCGCGUGAAUGGACAGGAAAGGAUAAGGCCAUGGAGAACUACAGGAAUCUACGCGAUCGGAAUCUCAAGUUGGAGAAUCAGGCCUUCUGCGUCACCGAUGAUGAGUAUACACACAAGGUUGUGAUAGACGUGUAUGAUUUCACCGGCGGAGAUAUAACGGUGCAGCUCGUGGACGGCAAGGAGCUGGUGGUGGAGGGCCAAGCGGAGAAGCAGGAGGCAACCAGAGUGUCUCGCCUGAGCUUCAUCCGCCGCUUCCAGCUGCCUGACCUCGCCGACCGGGACGCUAUCACAGUCGCCUUGUCCGCCGACGGCGUCCUCACCAUCACCUCCCCGAAGAGAAGGAGUCCUCGAUGCCUGAGCGUGAGGCCGAGGCGAUCCCCUAGCGCGAGGAGGUCUCAGGAGCGAGCGAGCGACUCGGAUCGCAGCAGGAAGGAGAAAUAUGUCCAAGAGCCUUCAGAGGAUUUUGAGGAUUUUGACGUACACAGUAGAAAAUCUGCGCUACAUUCCUUCAUGAAUCAAUCCGUUAAUCUUGAUGGGGAACUUGGCUCCGCUUCCCUUCAGCUUAUACAGGUCCUUAUCUUCCUGGGUGCCUUCUUCAGCGUCGCUUCCCUUUCCUCUCGCGGCGAAGGAGGUGGAUCUGGCGGAGGCGUCUUCGUCUUGAACUCCUGUCGAAGUCUUAUGAGGGGAACAGGUUUUCUUCUCUGGAAUCUCUUCUGUUCCCUGGACCCUAACGGGAAUAACGGUGGUGUGCAGCUGAGAAUCUCCUUUCUUGUACCUGGUUUGAGGAUGAAGUUUCCUUGGAUCCACGAGUCGAACUGGCUGUCGAGGGUACCUUGGACGGAGCGGAGAUUGCGCUGGGACGGCGUCGGCCGGAUCAGUUUUCUUUCCUUCAAUGCUUAUGGGCACGGAAACCUCCCUCACCUGGAGCUUCGGCUGCUGUUAAUGGAGAACCCCAUCAGUUAUUACCUUUCAGACAUAGUGUUUCGACUUUUGAUGAUACACACUUUCCUGGAAGAAGGAAUCGUCGAAGAAGAGUCCUCUGCGCACAAUCGGGAGGACGUUGUGUCCAGCGAAGGAAUCUAUUGCCGAGGACCUUUUCUCCGAUUCACAGGAAUCGCUCUCUUUCUUGACACACGUUUCACUGACUGCCUUGUUGCUCUCCUUCUUGGAGACGGCGCCCUGACUGCAGUUUUGGGCACUGUGAUGGUGAGGACGCCGUCGGAGGACAUGGCGGAGGUGAUGGCCGCCAUGUCGGUCGAUGGAUCGAAGCCUUCUGUAGCGGCCAAUGACAUCACUGUGGCGGAUGUUCGCGUUCUCCGUGUGGUUAGUCAGCCUGAGGUCAGAGCCAUUCCACUUGUCCAGAACCUCCCUAACGGCGGCGUCGAAAUGCUGGUGAAUGUUGGAGAAGAAGGAGUCCUGGAAGAAGCUUCCCCUAACAGAUACCUUCACAGCAUCGCCUCUGCACACAAGUUGUUUAAUCGUAGUAGUUCAUCAGCAUUCGAAAUGGCUCCUACUCAGAACAAUAACUCAAGUGAGGUUAAUGCAGCUUCAACUGAGGUUAAAUGUUGCCACUGCGGAGGGUCGAAGAGCUCUUGGGACAUGUUCCUUCCCAUCACUCACAGGGGAAGCUUCUUCCAGGACUCCUUCUUCUCCAACAUUCACCAGCAUUUCGACGCCGCCGUUAGGGAGGUUCUGGACAAGUGGAAUGGCUCUGACCUCAGGCUGACUAACCACACGGAGGACGCGAACAUCCGCCACAGUGAUGUCAUUGGCCGCUACAGAAGGCUUCGAUCCAUCGACCUGAAGGAAGAGAACCAGGCUGUCACUGUCACGUCGGAUGACACUAGUCACAAGGUGGUGCUGGACGUGCAUGAGUUCCUGGGAGGAGAUGUGACGGUGAAGGUGGUUGACGAGAAGGAGCUGGUGGUGGAAGGCCGCGUGGAAAAGAAGGAAGAAGGAAGUUCCUGCGUAGCAUUGCACUCCUUCAGACGCCGCUUCUCCCUGCCACGCCUUACCGACAUGGCGGCCAUCACCUCCGCCAUGUCCUCCGACGGCGUCCUCACCAUCACAGUGCCCAAACUGGGAAAUGAAGACAAUCAAAGGACUACCAUCAUCCCCAUCAAGAUCGAAGAGACGAAUUCACAGACAAAGGCUUCCAAAACAACACUUCCACAAAACACAAAUAAACAGGAAAUCAAAUGCCAACACUGCAGUCAGGGCGCCGUCUCCAAGAAGGAGAGCAACAAGGCAGUCAGUGAAACGUGUGUCAAGAAAGAGAGCGAUUCCUGUGAAUCGGAGAAAAGGUCCUCGGCAAUAGAUUCCUUCGCUGGACACAACGUCCUCCCGAUUGUGCGCAGAGGACUCUUCUUCGACGAUUCCUUCUUCCAGGAAAGCUGGAAGGAUUUCCAGAGGGCGGUGAAGGAAGUGCUGAACAAGUGGGGAGAACAGUCCUCUAUUGGCGACGAUCUAACGCGCUACAGAAGUCUUCGAAGUCGUGACUUGAAAGAAGAAAACCAGGCUGUCACUUCCUCAGAGGAUGAACGUCAACACAAGUUCGUUCUUGACGUGAAAGACUUUAGUGACGGCGGAGAGAUCAGCGUGAAGGCAGUGAACGACAGAGAGUUGGUGGUCGAAGGCCGCAAGGAGAAGCAGGGAGACGGCUCGAGGUGUUCUCAGCGGUUUCUUCGGCGCUUCGUCGUUCCUGGAGACCUCCAACUGGAUGCCGUCAACUCAGUCGUGUCUUCUGACGGUGUGCUCACCAUCUCGGCUCCUAAGAAGCAGCCGAAGCUCCAGGUGAAGGAAGUUUCCGUGCCCAUAAGCAUUGAAGGAAAGAAAACUGAUCCGGCCGACGCCGUCCUGCAUAGUGGAAAUCUCAAGUCGAAUGAAGCUUUAACAGGCGCUGUCGCAAAGGAAAAUAAACUGCAGAAUGCCACUUCCGUACCCAGCGCAAUCUCCGCUCCGUCCAGUUCGACUCGUGGAUCCAAGGAAACUUCAUCCUCAAACCAGAAAGGAGAUUCUCAGCAGCACACCACCGUAAUUCCCGUUAGGGUCCAGGGAACAGAAGAGAUUCCAGAGAAGAAAACCUGUUCCCCUCAUAAGACUUCGACAGGAGUUCGAGACGAAGACGCCUCCGCCAGAUCCACCUCCUUCGCCGCGAGAGGAAAAGGAAGCGACGCUGAAGAAGGCACCCAAGAAGAUAAGGACCUGUAUAAGCUGAAGGGAAGCGGAGCCAAGUUCCCCAUCAAGAUUAAUGGAUCUGUGAUUAAUAGCAAUUCCUCGUAAAUGAAGAGAAACAAAAUUUAAAGAAAGGAAGAAAGAAAGAAAGAAAGAAAGAAAGAAAGAAAGAAAAAAAAGAAAGAAAGAAAACAUUCCAAGAAGGAAAACGAAAAGGAAUAUCUUUUGUGUGGAAAAAAAUCUAUAAAAUUUCCGAUGAAUAUUAUAUUCUUUCAUAUAAUCUAAUGACAAAGUGCAACAUAC